AUGUCCCAGGACAGUCACAGUCCCUUGGUCGGAGACAUGAAGUCCAUCGCAACGGCAACCAACGCUCAGAUUGAUUCCUCAGCACGUUCGAGUUACGCCAACGCAGAUAACGGAGGGAGCUCUCCUGGCUCCAGCCAGUCAAACGGGAGUAUGGACAAGCGCUCGCUGUUCCGUCAACGAGUAGGAAUCAAGCCAGAAACCGGUGCGUCUUCCCCCGAUGCUGUCCUUCAUCUUGAGAAAAACCCUGCAGCAAAGACGCAGAACGCGAUUUACCCAAACAAUUCCUCUUCCGCAACCGAAUCGAAAAAGCAUACAAGGACCAAACUCGAUUUUACUACAUCGUCAUGUGCGUCUCGCACGGCAAUGCUCUGGCUCCAGAUCGGCAUUGGCGCCACCGUCACCGCCCUUGGGACAACAAAUUCGAAUGCCGCGAGAAUCGCCAUCACCCUCCUCGGCGCCAUCAACACCGUGAUCGCAGGCUUUUUGACAUUCCUCAAGAGCCGCAACCAGCCGAACAGGGCGUUGCAGUUCCGAAACGGCCUGCGAGGCGUGUACGAGGAUCUGUGGCAGGUUGACGCCGAGAUGUUGAGCGGCAAGCCGGACAUCGACGUGGAUACAAAGGUGGAUGAUCUGUGGAAGAAGUACAAGGAGGUCACGGCCGAGGCGGAGGCAAAUUAUCCGGAUCUAUGGGUCAGUCUGGGCAAAUUGAUCAAACCCGCCGACGCCGACAAGCACCCGAGCACGCAGUUGAAAGACGCGUCGCCCAAGGAGGACGGCGAGGAGGAGAAGAAGUCCUCGAGCGAGGUUGUGAUGCCCAAGACAAGGGCCUAA